CCACAUUUUUAUAUAGUGGCUCAUAAUAUUCCUUCUGCAGAAAGAGAUUAACACCAAGCGGCGACGGUGGCGUCGGUGGCAAAAAGUUUAUAAUCGUCGGACUGCCAGAGCGACAGAGACGGGGCGUUUGGAAAACCGAGAGAGCGAGAGAGAGAGGGGGAGAGAGAGAGCGAGCGGAGAAAAAUCGGAAAAUCGUUAUGCGACUACUAUAACCCACCACAAAAUCGCGGUCGUCUCUGUUGUUGCCGGGCACCUCACACUCGCGCAUCGAUUCCGAUUGCGAUUGCGAUUCAGGAUCUGAAUCCUCUGACACAGCAGCCGCAUUUUAAUUUUUUGCCUGGUUUGUGGUGCGUGCGAUUUUCAAAAAUGUUUAAGUCCGCAAUUUCUUUUACCGCGCUCUGUGCUCCUCGUCCCCUUUGUGCAUCGGCCAACUUGUGAUUUGUGCUGGAAAAGCUACCUAAAAUAAUAUAAAUGGAUCCCUCGAAUCUGGCCUUUGGGUUUCCCGGUCUCCCCAACCACGGGCACAUGCCAAUACCGCCCACCGCCAAUAUGCUAGGUGGCCAGCAUCCAGCACCCACCGCCAGUCCACCACAGAGCGUGCCCGGCCGUCGGACUCCACUUGGAUCGGUGGGUCUGGGUGGCUUCUAUGCCCAGGGAAUGGGCAUGUCCCAGCAGCCACCGACGGAUGAGAACAAGCCUGGUCCCAGUGCUCCGGAGAAGCCACUGAGUCCCACGGCCGCCGCCAUCGCAGCCAUUGCCAUCAGUGGUGGCACCACCACGGUGGCCGUGUCCAGUGGUGGAGCCAGCGGAAGUGGCUCCAGCAGUGGCAAGCAGAAAAACCGCCAAGGAAAGACGGUGAGGCUGAACAUAAACGCCCGGGAACGACGCAGGAUGCACGAUUUGAAUGAUGCCCUCGAUGAGCUGAGAAGCGUGAUUCCCUAUGCCCAUUCACCUUCCGUGCGAAAGCUGUCGAAAAUAGCCACCUUGCUGCUGGCUAAGAACUACAUACUGAUGCAGCAAAACGCGCUCGAGGAGUUGAGAAGACUACUGGCCUACAUACAAAGCACCACGGGAGCAGCGCCACUUGAUUUGGGCGCCUUUCCGGCGGCUGCCAAAUUGCAGGCCCUCCUUCAAGGACCUCACAACGAACCACCGACCAGCAGCAGUUAAAUAAUAAGCCAGGGUUCAACUGAUAAGCAAUCCAUUAAUGAGCAAUACUUUUAAGUCAAUGGGAAAGAAAAUGAAAAUGCCAAAUAAUCGUGUACUAGUCAGACGAAAGAAGGUUGAUAAGGAGCCUCUUUACAGAGCAGCCAAGUGAAAAUCUGUUCAGUGAUAUUUAUUUUUGUCAUAAGCAUUUCUUAUUUAUGCAUUUACCUAUUGUCAGCCCAUAUGUGUAAGCUGAAUAUUAACGAAUAAAGUAUUAUUGAAGUAGAGAGUACGUCGCAGAAACAGACUCCGAAUAAA